AUGACGAGCGUGAACGACGUGGCGAUAGAGGAGAUCAAGUCUUCAAGCAGCGGCAGCGGCCUUGAUGAGUGGAUCGAGAACCUGCGCAACGGCAAGCUGCUGAGCGAGCUGGAGCUCAAGCAAGUGUGUGAGAUGGUGAAGCUGCUGCUCAUCGAGGAGUCCAAUGUCCAGCCCGUGAGCAGUCCCGUGACUGUGUGCGGCGACAUCCACGGCCAGUUCUUCGACUUGCUGGAGCUCUUUCGCUGCGGUGGCGACAUCCGGGACACGAACUACAUUUUCAUGGGUGACUUUGUCGACCGAGGACACAACAGUGUGGAGACCUUUGAGCUCUUACUGUGCUUGAAAGUGCGGUACCCAGACCGCAUCACACUACUGCGUGGGAACCACGAAUGUCGACAGAUUACUCAGGUCUAUGGCUUCUAUGAAGAGUGCGUGCGCAAGUACGGCAAUGCCAACCCCUGGAAGUACUGCACGGACGUGUUUGACUACCUCAACUUGGCUGCGAUCAUUGACGGACGCGUGCUGUGUGUGCACGGCGGCUUGUCACCGGAGCUUCGCACGCUCGACCAGAUCCGGACAAUAGAGCGCCAGCAGGAGAUUCCGCACGAAGGAUCUUUCUGCGACCUCAUGUGGUCCGAUCCGGAAGAUAUCGAGACGUGGGCGAUGAGCCCGCGUGGUGCUGGCUACUUGUUUGGUGCUAAGGUCACACAAGAGUUCAACCAGAUUAACGGACUGGACCUUAUCUGUCGGGCGCAUCAGCUUGUGCAGGAAGGUUUCAAGUACAUGUUUGACAACAGUCUCGUGACGGUCUGGUCAGCACCCAACUAUUGCUACCGAUGCGGUAACGUGGCAGCCAUUCUGUCCUUUGACGAGAAUCUCGAGCGCGAUUUCAAGUUGUUUCGUGAGGUUGGUGAAUCAUCCGAUGGCUUUAAUCAGCGUGCGCUGGUGCCGUAUUUCCUGUAA